AUGUAUGCCUCUCCCAUCACUCUUCUCGCUCUUUCUGCCAGCUUCGCCUCGGCUGCUAAGCACAUGGUCAAGGUCGGAGAUGGUGGUCUGACAUUCGAGCCCGCUGAGACCAUCGCAAAGGCUGGCGACACGGUCGAAUUCCACUUCUACAAGGGCACCCACAAUGUCGCUCAGAGCAGCUUCGCCAAGCCUUGCGAGCCCAUGAACAGCACCGCCUUCUUCAGCGGCACCUGGGACGUCAAGGAUGGCAUGAGCGACAAGGUUUUCACUAUCAACGUCACCUCCGAGGACCCUAUCUGGUACUACUGCGCUGUUCAAGGUCACUGCCAGAACGGCAUGGUUGGUGCUAUCAAUGCUCCUACUAGCGGACAAAGAAGUUACGCCAACUUCGCCAAGGCUGCUGAGGACUCUGAUGACAGUGUUGCUCCCCGAUCUACCGGUGGUGGUGAGAUUGCUACUGCCACCGGCACUUGGGCCCCCUCCGGUACCGCCGAAGCCACCGGUACCAGCACCGAGACCAGCGCUUCUUCAACAGAGUCCUCAGACGCCAACGCUGGUCUUGAGGCCAGGGGAGAGAUCCGCUGGGGUCUGAUGACUGCCGGUAUGGCCAUGGCCGGUCUAUUCGGUGGAUUGAUGAUGUAG